AUGAUUGAAGGAAAUACUCAGCAACGGAAAGUGAAUGAAGAUAAACCCAUCAUCCAACAACAACAAAUCACUCCAUCAAGAAGUUUAUCAAUUUCAACUGAAACUUCUCCUCAAUCAUCAGUAUUAUUAUCGGAUAGUCAUAAAUUAACGACAUCACCACGCGACCAUCAUCAAGAAGAACAGAUGGCAGUGGAAUCCACGACAAGAACAACAACUUCCAUAGCAUCAUCAUUCUCCCGUAUUCUUCAUUUACUUGAUUGGUCGUCUCGGGUCCUCUCAGAACAAGUAUUCACUCAUCGUGUGAUGAACGUAUUGAAAUCUCUUUCCAUGGGUUCAAUAUUUGCUUUUGCUGUUUUAAAGUUGUUGGAAUGGUGGUUCUCUCAUUCCGUUCAUCAGCAUCAUCGUUCCGCAAAUGUACAAAGCAGAUCUCUGCUUCAACGAUCACCCACCUCUCCCUUCCAACAACUUAAAUCAUUACGAGAACAUUCACUUUACAAGUCGCCACAUUACAGCAACAUUAGCAGCGAUCAUCCAAUUCCGCGUUCUCAGAAGGGUCGAUUUUAUUUGCAUGAAUUGUCAACAUGGGAUGAAUUGGGAGCGAGUACCGAUAAUAGAGAUCAAUCUAAAUCAUCAUCUCGUUCAAACGUGAUCAGUACGGAUGGUCCUCUCUUUGUGCCAUUGUCUCGUAUUGAAAAAUUCCAACAAUUACAGCAACAAGAAAAGACUUUGGCACCCAAACUACAUGAAUUAGAUCAAAAUUUGCAGAACAAUGCACUUUAUGGACAAAUGGCCCAACUAGAAAGUUAUCGAAAGAGUACCAUAUUUGGUGAGUGA